GUAGUUGCAACAUGCCCUUUUUUGGAAAUACUAAGUCCCAGGCAAUUAAUAUGUUUGCUUUAUUGAUUUAUCAUGUGAAGGGAUUAAGUUUCAUACAUCCAAGCUUUCAGACCUACAGAUGAAUUUAGUACCCCUGCCCUAUAUUUAUAGAGUGAUGUCAUAGUUCUAUAUAAAGACACACAAGUCACUUGGCAGUUUGACUUGCGGUAAAUAGAAUCAUUCAUAAUUAAUAUUAAUGUUAAUGAUGACAAAUUGCCUUCUUCAAGCGUUUCUCAAGGAACUUCACCAAAUAACAAGAAAAGUUUGACAAAUGAAAAUGUAUACAAUGGGAUUAUAUAUAUAGGUAUGAGGUAAAGCCAACAAGAAAUGUUUAUCUCGUGUUUUAUAAACAUGAAUCUUCACGGAUAAACAAUUCUUCUUAGAAUGAUGUCCUUUUUGUCAGGUACAAUAUUUUUAUGAAUUACUCCCCUACAUUCUCUCUUCCCUCUUCAAAAGAUAACAAAAGCAACAAAAGUGACACUUAAGGUAUCACAGAAUGAAGUGCAUUUUUAUUAACGUAACAGUUGUUAAAUAAUGAAACUAAAAAUUAAAUUACCUGCUGUGCCACAGGCUCAAGAAUACUUUCUAUAGUUUUCGUGUGAAACACCGGCAUCUUGACGUCUUUUCUCGUGAAAAUGCAGAAAUAUUGACUACGUGACUGUACUCAGAAGAAAAAAAAUUCGCUGGGAAUGCAACCGAGAAUUUACACGUAAAAUCAUUAACAACACAUUGGUUAAUGUGAAAAUAAUUCACCGUAAAAAUAAAGAGAAACAAUACGAACAAUAGGCCUCGUAGAACAACGAGAACGCAAUACUAGUUGCGAUGGAGCGUGAUCAAGACUCCCAGUUGCUUACUUAAGAAAAUCGUAUCGAUGCAUCAUCACUUAAAAAUAUCUAGGGAAAACAAGGCAGCCAUAAAUUCGAAAGUUUCCAGAUUAUUUAUUGAAACGACAGCCUGGUUUCUUAGAAAAAAUUCCCUAAGAAACCACGUGGUGGAGGAACUAAAAGCGCGGGAUUUUGCUACGCAUAUUCACGUUUAAAUUGACUUAAAUAAAUAUGCGUGUAUAACUUUAUAAAAGUGAAAUAAGUGAAUAGAAUUACUUCUAUAUAACAUUAGUUUUGUAAUUGAAAUAGUUUCUAAGAUAUUAAGCAUUAAUAUUUAAAAAGAGCCCGGUUAAAGUUCUCCCGUCUUGGAUACUGUAUUCGAAUGUAUAACCUCGAAAUUUUGAAAUCAUCUUGUUGAACCAUGUGGGUUUUCUGUGGUAGAAAAGAAGAAGAUUCUUUAUUUUGCUGACAAAUGUUAGCUGUAUAAAAUGUCAGAGGUUAAUGAUAUUAAUUAUAUCUUAAGUAAAAGUAAUAAUGCCGGGGAAUCACGUAAAACGUCGAAACUGGGUUUAUACCUCGUUGGAAUAACAGGUGGUUUUGCAACAGCUAUAAGUAUAAUAUGUAUUCCCUUCGUAAGCCCUGCAUUUCGUAAGAUAUGUUUACCUUAUGUACCAGCCACCACUCAACAGGUACAAAAUGUACUGAGCGCCUUGGAACACCGCUCUGGAUCUUUAAUCGAUGUUGGGAGUGGAGAUGGACGUAUAGUUUUUGCAACAGCUAAAGCUGGCUUUAAGGCUCAUGGUGUUGAAUUAAAUGCUUGGUUAAUUUGGUAUUCCAGAUUGAGAGCUCUAUGCACAGGAUUAUCGUCACAAACAACAUUCAUUAGGCAGAAUCUAUGGACACAUAAUCUAAGAAAUUACAAUAAUGUUGUUUUAUUUGGUGUUGAUCAAAUGAUGCAAGACAUAGAAGAGAAAUUCUUAAGGGAAUUAGAGAAAGACUGUGUUAUAGUUGCUUGCAGAUUUCCACUUCCUAGCUUGAAUGCAAUAAAAGUAAUAGGCGAAGGUGUUGAUACUGUUUGGGUUUACAAAGUUCCGAAAAGGACUUAAAAGAGUCUCAGUAUAUUUAGGUAUAAUAGAAAAUUUUUAUUGUUAUAAAUAUUAUAUAGCUAUGAAUAAAUUAUGCUAGAUACAGAGUACAAAUUAUUAUAACUUUGUGAGAUACAGUCUGAUAGACUACACUUAAUAAUUGACACUUGUAUGUUACGAAAUCAUUAACAUAUUAAAUUAAAAAAUUCAUUUUCUAUUAUCUAUAGAUUAUUUCUAAUUCAGACAUACAUUCUUACACAAUGUGAACACACAGAUGCAUUUGUUCGUCGUUAAUUAUACUGUUAACAGAAAAUGCACGUUUCCUUUGAAAUACAUUUCUUUUAAGUGUACACUAAACAUUUAGGAUUCUGUAAUGAAAAACUGUGCGAGCAGAUUUAAAACGCCGAGUAUCGGUAUAAUUACAUGCAGAAUUAUGAAAAACAGCGUCAGUCGCUUUUGCUCUUUCAAAAUUGACAAAUACAGUAAACUUGGCAACGUAAAGACAUAGAUGAAACCGCUCAGGGCACCUGUAUAUCGUAUUAUUGUACCGAUAUACGGUACAAAAACUGCGAACAAAAUACAUAUGCAUAUCAAAAUGAUAUUAACUAAAAGGACGCAGCCCAUGUUGGAUGUUUUGCAUAUCGACGACAGCAAUUGGAUGCGUAGCAUAUACGCGAGCAAGGGAUAAACUGUCAGCAAUUGGAACAGUAAAACAAUACGAGCACCUACUGUUAAACCACUCCAUUUUUGAAAGUUGUUCAGUAAAUUCUACAAAAAAAAAGGGAAAAGUUUGUUAUCAAUGUCAAAAAGAAUUAUACGUCAAAUAUUUUCUAUUUUACUCACAUCUUCGAUACAGGAUUUGCUGAGUGGGAAACAGAUGUAAAAUACUACACCGACUAUAAUGUAUGUCAGUGUAACGAGAAUAUACGCUAACGAAAGAUCUCUUCCCUGUAUGUGAAUAAAUGUUAUUUUAAGUCCGUGGAACUAUAUGUGAAAUACAACAACAUCGUUGAAAAGAUUAUGUUACUUACAUUUUUGCUUUGAUCACGAUUGUUUUGCAUGAUAGUAACUAUAAUGUUAUGAAUGAAGAAUGACAUUGCCAGCAUUCCAGACAAAGCGGGAAACGAGAAUUUGAGCGUCCAACUAAUUUCCCAGUCUGACAGUUCCAUGUUAAUACCCCAUGAUACAGAUUUCACCAAGACAAAUAUAAUCAAAUACAUGACCGAUGCGGUUCCUGUGAGAUAUAUAGAGUUUUCAUAAUUUCAUAGAAUAAAACAUAAAUUUAUUGUGACCUAAAAAAAAUAUUAAGUCGUCGAAUCAUUCACAUGCAGUACAGUUUUCAGUAGAACAAUAAUCGCGGAGCGUUUACUUACCAAGAGAAUUGAAUUUUGUGAAGAAGGUAGGACUAUUGAAAUUUAGAAUUGGAAAUAUUAAUAAACCGAGGAACAUAGGAACUGUUUUGUAUAGAUCCCACAAUGGUCCCAAAGAGCUGUACGUGUAUUCUUGAAUCUCGGUAUUUGUAUUAUUGUGCAUCUUCUUUGGGCAUAGUAACUCUGAUGGAUAAGAAUCAU